UCAUAGCCAUUCCAGCCUGUCAGCAUUAAUUAAUUUGUAGAAACAUAAACAGAAGAACGGGAAAUACAAUUCAUAAAUAAUCAUUAAAUAUAAUAAAUAAAUACUAUAUUUAAAUUAGGGCUGUCAAAAGUAACACGUUCAUUUUGUGAUUCAUUUUUUUCAGUUUAACGCAUUAAAAAAAUUUAACACAAUUAAUGCAGAAUUCAUUUUUUUCAUCCUUUGGCUGCGCUACAGUAUAUGAUCACGCUAUCAUUCAUUCAAGUGCUAUUAAACCAUUCAAGCGUGAUAAAACCCAAAAAAAGAACUCAAAUCUGUACAGACAGCGCGUCAGUGCCGCAUUGUGUUCUCUUUCAUGCUUGAAAGGACAAAAACACACAAAAUUGUACCUUAAUAAACACAGUCUUAAAAAGUGUUAAAUGAACGCAAAAAGCUGUGAGAAAUAGGAGGUGUCAGAUCCACGUCAUGUGUAUCAGAUCUAUCAGAUUUUAGCCUAUUAAAGCCUAUUAAAUGUUAAAAUUGAUAGCUUUCAAUUAUACUGUAAUAACUGUAGUUGAAUGGCUAUAAUUAAUGGCUAAAGCUGAGAAAAAAGAUCCAUUUAAUAGAGACAUCAGUAUCAGUACUGGAAUCAGUUACACUGGCCUUCAUUCAUGGUGCUUAGUAAAAAGAUGCCAUUAAAUAAAUAUUUAAAAUAGGGCUAUACUUUAUGUUGUUUCUACAUUAUUUUUGAGAUUCAAUGUGAAAGUGUUACAAUAUAAAAAUAUAUUAAAAACUUUAAUGUUAGGUGCGAUUAAUCACAAUUUAAAUAUGUAAAAUAAUACAUUUACAUGUAUAAGGGGCUAGUGAAAAUGGUCACACCACUCUGCAUACAGUGGAUUUGUGAAUUUCACCAGUUAGUUACAUUCUGAAAAUGCACUGUUUAGAUGAGUUACAUGCUGGAGAGACGGUAAAAAGUCAGUCACAAUGUUCUCUUAUAAUGUAAACAAGUGUAAAUGUCAACUUAAUCAUGUACCUGUAUAUCUAAAGGUUUGACUUCUGUCAACACAUGAGCUCAUUGGUGUAAUCAAAUCAGUCUGGCUUUUUUUUCAUUCCAAUCCUUACUCCUUGUCAGAGGCUAUUUAGUUUGUUCACGGGAUUAAGUUUUCACUUAAGUUGAAGAAAAGUUUAACUUAAAAAUUUAAACACACUUGUUUACACUACAACAUUGCCAGUCAAUAUGAAAUCAGAAAAUUUCUGUUUCACAUAUCUUAAGAAAUUGAAAUGUCUUGCAACCAACAAUUCACAGGGGACUACUUUAAAGUCAGCUUCAACGGAAGUUGCUAUAGCCUUUUCUUCCCUAUUGUGACGUAUUACCCGAGUGAAACAAGAAAAAAAAAUAAAAUUUAGGGCAGGACUUUUUUUUGUCCAUCAGGAAUUGAUUGGAUCAAUUCCCCCCCAAGUCAUGAGAAACUCUUCUCUACCAGAGAAGAGAUGUCACUGCAAGUGGGAGGUUAUUUUGACUGAAGAUUACAAGGUCACAUACAUUUUAAUUUUUUGAUUUCAUGCUGACUUUAAAGAGUUAGCCUGAAGUAGCCCUCCAAAAGAAACAAAUGCUUCUUCUUAACUGUAGGGGGUGCUGUGCUUAUAGAUGUGUAAAUGAGGGUGUGCAUCUGGUGUCAUGGGGGAGGGGGGCACUUGGUGAUAUCUAAGGUGACCUGGAUCCCCCCUGCUUCGCUGACGGUUCCCUCAACACCGUCACCACUCAGUGUGCAUUCUGAGUAACGGACUCAGGGUUUUAUUUUUGGACUGCUAUGGAGCUUGUGCCUUCCAUUUGAAGGAAGGGGGAAUAGUUGAACUCAACAUGAGUCUCCCGUUCUGACAGUCCAAGCUGGGACAAGCAGGCAGCCGCCGGACACCCCUGAACACCAGACACGCAGGGGACCUUGUCUGAAGUGUCUUCAUCUGUCUUCUGUUAGUCAUCUCUUGGGGGUUGAAGAUUUUAUGGCUGUCAAUAUCGGCAAUGCUGCCCAGGCAGGCCUGCUUUCCCAGCAGUACCCACCACCUUUGCUUCCCAAACCUGGGAAAGAAAAUGUCCGGCUCCAGAAACUACUUAAGAAGACAGCAAAGAAAAAAGCUGCUGCCCAGGCCUCACAACCAUCGGUCCCCUUCCGCUCAAGCCUCUCUCCAGUAAAUGAAGCAAGCCCUGACCUGGAGCACAGUGAUCACUCAACUCCUCCUAAGACUCCAGAGACACCUUUAUACAUUGGCACGGUACACCCACGUUUUAACGUCCGACCACUGUAUCAGCAUGUAGCGUCUCCUUAUCCUCAUCACAGAGGAUUCACUUAUGGCAAGACAACAAGAUUUUCACCACAACCAUAUGUGGCUGUGGGCCACACCACUCCCCAGCAUCUAGCUCCAGCAUUUCCAUCCACAGCCUCACCAGUACCUGGAGUUAAAACACAUGCUACGGCUCCAAUCACUAUUCUACAAACUGCACAAAGAGUGGAAGUCAGCUCAACUCUUACCACCCAUGUAAUUACCUCUAAAACUCCAAGCCCUCAGCCAAUUGUUCUGAAUGUUUCUAGAACAGCAAAACCAUUGUUUGAAGUUCCUCAAAUCACCAAUUAUACAGCAAAGGCAGCAGGUUUGAGAACACCUUAUGCAUCACCAACAAGGAGUAAAACACCUACUGCAGAGUUACUGAGAGGCCCGACACCAACAUUUGAGGUUAGAAGGAUAGUAACACCAACAGCGGAAAUAAGAGACAGAACACCAACCAGAGAGAUCAAAAGGGUUACAACACCGACAUUUGAAAUCAAAAGGAUAACCCCAACUUCAGAAAUUAAGAAAACCGAAACUCCAACUUCUGAAAUCAAGAAAGAGACAAUUCCAUCUUCUGAAAUGAAGAAGGUCAGUACUCCUGCUUCAGAGAUUAAACAAAAUGCAACACCUACACUUGAGACAAAACGAGGUACAACUCCAACACUUGAGAUAAAGGGGGUUGCAACACCAACUAGAGUAAAAACACCAACAUUUGACUUUACCUCAACAAAAACACCUUCAGGGCGACCCAAGACACCCUCAGAUAAUGUGUCACGUGUCAGAGUAUCUGUGAUUGAGAUUUCAAGACCAAAUCCACUUUUAUUUGCCGUUUCUCCUGUGCACAUGGAGGGCAGAAGAUCCAAAACGCCAACUUCAAGCUUGGCUGAUCCACAUGAUGAAAUUCAUAAAAUUUCAAAUCAGGUGAAUAACACCAAUCGUUCAGCAAUAUUCCAAAAUGGGGACAUAGAUGUCAAAUCAACUGAACCCUUAAAAGAAAAACUGGAUAUGGCCACUUCAGAAAACAUUGAGUCAUCAAAGCCAAAGACUCAAAUACAGGAAAGCCCGAACCUUAGUGAAAAUGAACAUCCAAAGCCUGAAGCCCCCACAGCACCCAAUUUUGAACCUGCACAGCCUGGUUUGUCUUCAGUUGGCUGUCAAAGGCCGUUAUCUAGAGUUCCUCCAUUUGCAGGUCAAAGACCCAAAACACCAACAGCACCUAAAUCCAAACCAACAUAUUAUGGAUUGACUCCCGCUGAAUAUGCUGCCUAUGGAGGAAUAAAGAGUUACUCACCAAGUUUUAGUAUUUCUACACCAACUGUGCUACCACGUGUAGAGGUAACUCAUCUCCCAAAACAGGAACCAGUAGUACCUCAACCUGAUGAUAAUGUGACUAUGACAAAUGAUAAGUCUGAAGUAAAACCUAAAGAGCAAGGUGAAGUCCAGCCGCCUCAGACUGUUGUUGUUAAAGAUGAAACUGCUGUGGUGGCUCCACCUCCAAAGGUUCCAAAGGCAGCAUCUGAGCCAGAAGCAAACUCUGUAGGGGACAUUCCCAAGCAACCUGUGCCAGAAUUAAAAGCAAAAAUUCCUGAUGUUAAAAUUCCAACCAUUGUGGUAUCUGUAGCUGACACACAACCAUCAGAAGCAAAAUCAGAGGCAAUAAGUACUGUGACACCAAGAGUCAGAACUCCAACCUAUGGAUCUCCCAGACUUUCUCAAAUGACACCAACCCCUCCAACUGCACAGGAAACUCAGAAACCUGAAAGUAAGGCUGUGCCAUUAUCUAACCAAGACAUGGGAAAGCCAGCACUUCCAAAGCUGUCGGAAGGUAAAGUUAAUGCUAAACCAAGCAAAGUGCCAGAAAAGCCAACAGAGGCAAAAAUGUCUUUGUUAGAGAGAAUUAAGAAGCAGAAUCUUGCAUCUACUUCUUCUGAAAAACCUCCUGAAAAAGGAGAGGUAAAAGAUGUGGUUAAGCUUAUGGCUAAACCAAAAGAAGACCAAAAGGACAUUGAAACAAAGGACACUGAACCUGAAAAGGUUGAAAGAGGAGAGACAAAAGCUAGUCCCCAACAGGAGAUCAAGCCUACAGUGGAAAAGAAGGAGGGGGGUGAAGGCCCUUCCCUAUCUGCAGAGCCUCUCUUGAAGGUGAUGCAGAAACCAAAAGGCAUGAAGUCAAAACUCAGUGGCUGGUCUCGCCUUAAAAAACACAUGGUGGUCGAAACAGAGGAACCCAAGUUUCCUGAGGCAGAGCCUGGGUCAAAGAAAGACGUCCCUGCCAGCGCUGAUCAAAAUACAAGUGAAAUGCAAAAUACGUCUGAAGAUGACGCUAAGCUUAGUGAGAGCCAGGACAGUAAAGACUCCCCUAGGGCAGCAAAAAUGUGGGAUGCUGUCCUCUUCCAAAUGUUCUCCACCAAAGAGAACAUAAUGCAACAAAUUGAAGCCAAUAAAACCGAGGAGCAAAAGAAAAUGGAGGCAGAACAGAAGGCGCUACAAGAGAUUCCCUCAUUUGCGCAUCGCUUGCCAGUUCUCCUGUACAGCCCACGGUUUGAUGCCAGACGACUAAGAGAGGCAGCUUCUAGACCAGCAACAAAGAUUGCAACAGUUUUUGAAAUGGGACUCAUAGGCCGCAAAAAUAAAGACGAAGAACCAAAAGACUUUAAUAGAAUAGCCAAAGGCUUCAGUACUUCUUAAAACACUGAUGCAUAACUGGAUAACAUAUAAAUAAUAGGCAAGGAUGUUGUUAGCUGUCACUGCAAUAGUAGAGUUGUGUUUAUUAUCUAACCCAAUUCUUUACCUAUAACUUUUAAUUUUAUAACUUUAUAACGGGUCAAUUGGCAAAUGCACAAAAAAAAAACAUUUUGCAGUACUAAAGUAAUUGCCCACUUGUCAAUUUGCAUUAACCAUUUAAGCUAAUAAGAAUAAUGAAUAAAAAAUAUAUAUUUUUGAAACUUAAA